AUGUCAAACUCUGCUUGUUUAAUAAUGCAGGUCACCACCAAGGAAACAGUUCUGAACCCCAAUGCCAAAGUGUGGCAGGAGAUUCCUGCCCUCCAGAAUGACAUUUCUGAGGGGACAGACAACUCCUCUUGGCUGCAGACCUACCCUCACAACUCUGACAUGACUGAAGAAUACCCUGAUGUUCUCGCUCCUGGGGGAAAGGGAUGCGACUCUGACAUGCCCAACAACACUGAUUAUUCCUGUGUGCCCACAGAGUGCAUUGUGAAUGAUAUUGACCAAUUUGAUGUAGGGUUUUUAGCCCCAAACCCUAAAACUGAGGCAACUAUUGAAGUCAUACAAGAACAACCCAUGUCUGAGAGUCAAAGAGAGACUUUAAAGAAAAAACUAGAGUUCUGCUUUUCAAGAGAGAACCUGGCAAAUGACCAGUACUUGAUAUCGGAGAUGGACAGUGAGCAAUUUGUGCCAAUAUGGACCAUAGCAUGCAUGGAGGACAUCAAAGCCCUCACUACUGACAUGGAUCUCAUUGUGGAUGUACUGAGAGAAUCGCCGUUGGUUCAAGUUGAUGAAGCUGGAGAGAAAGUUCGUCCCAAUCACAGUCGCUCCAUAAUUAUCCUGCGAGAGGUGCCAGAGACUACACCAGUAGCGGAGGUGGAAGGACUUUUUAAAAGUGAACAAUGCCCGAAUGUGUUAAGUGCUGAAUUUGCACACAACAGCAACUGGUACAUUACUUUUCAGUCCGAUAUGGAUGCACUUAAGGCUUACAGAUAUCUACGAGAGGAAGUGAAAAUAUUUCAGGGAAAGCCAAUCAUGGCCCGCAUCAAGGCAAUAAACACAUUCUUUAGUAAGCCAGGCUUCAGCAGUGUGGACCCCAGUGUGUACAACCAGCCAACCCAGCCCCCGGUUGCUUAUGGCUCCCCUUUAUACAUGCAGCAGGUGUACAGUGCUCAGCAGCAAUACCCCGUCUAUCCAGCUCUGGCCCAACCCUGGAAUGCUACAUCAAUACCUUACUUUGAAACACCUCUGGCACCAUUCCCAAACAAUGGAUUCAUGACUGCUUACAACAGCGUGGGGAACUUUAAAUCGAAUUCAAACUCUAAUCCAGCUGUGGGCAGGAACCGGAAUCAUUUGAAGGGAUACUUUCGGCCUGGUGACACACUCGUAUCCCCUCCAGUGGCUCCCCCACCCCUAAUGGAUGGCUUGUUGAGGCCCUUGACCUCACAGCCCCUUCAGACACCAUCAACUUUGAUUACCACUGCUUCAGUCAACCUUUCCUCAUUACGCCCUAAAACCAGUUCUUUGAAGGACAAUAUGCCAAGUGCCGAUCUGAACGGUGAUCUACGAGCUAGAAAGAGUAACAACUACAGGGGCAUGAGAAAGAAAAGAGAGGAUGACCAUACCACGAAGCCCACUCCUGUGACAGAAGUCGAUGUGCCGCCUCCACCAAAGUUUGACCUGGCAGCUUCCAAUUUCCCUCCAUUGCCAGGAUGUGUAGUUAGCGUAACGGAAGACAAGACACCAGAGAUGCGUUUGUCUGAUGUUGUACGCGGUCUAAAAGUGACCAAUAAAGUUGCAUGCAACAAGGUUAAUGAACAUAAACCUUCAAACAUCUCAGAGCCUCCAGUUCCAAGUCCUGUUAGUUCAGAUGUGACGCCUAGUGCAGGUGUGACACAGAAACCUGCCCAGCCUGUUACAAGCUUGACUUCCCUGGUCAAAGAGGUGGAGGAGACAAAUAUUAACUUAACAAAUGAAAUGGUGUCAUCCAUCAAGGCUGUUAGUCCAACAGAGCAGGCUCCUCCCCUUUGUAGUCAUGCCAUCUCCGAAGAAGCAUUUCCUCCAUUUCACAGCUCCGAAGAGGAGCCAAAAAAGCUCAGCUAUGCUGAAGUGUGCCAACGGCUGGCUAAGGAUGGACCAUCAGCACAGACACCUACCCCAGUUCCCCCGCCGUCUUCGGCUGUUCAGCCCCUUCAAGAGCUCAAGGUUAACAGAGGGGAGGAUCCAAGAGCCAGUAACAGGCACGCAACAGAUAUAUCAGACAAACAUGGGGACAACUGCCUUCCUCGUCAAGCCUCGCACACUUAUUACGGCUUUAACCGUACUGCCCGAAGUGGAGGUGCAGGGUUAAAGAUUUGGGACCAUCCCAGAAACACUGGGGGAAGCAAAACUUUUUCCCCUCCGCGAGGAAUCAGGAGGAGUGGCAAGGAACAGAACAUUCCUCCAAGGUCACCAAAAUAA